ACUGGCAACCGACAGGAAUGCUCACUUUCGUUCACCUCCGAAGCCUCUCUUCCUCUGGAACGUUCACCGGAUGGAGAAGUGGACGUUCUCUGUCCACGUUGCGUUGCGCCAACAUACGGGAAAGGCACCACGAUUUUCAUGCCUCCGAAAGAAAGUUUUUACAGGUUUUGACAUAUAUCCCUGUUUUUGAGCUCGUCCCGAGAAAGAACAGAAAUUAUUUUUAAAAUUUUUCAUUCAUUUCUUUUAAAUACGUAAAUAUUUAAAAGAAAAAUUCACAAUAUUACUUUAAAACACUUCCUUUAAUAGUUAAGUAAAAAAAAUAAAAAAUUGUCGGGACGGGACCCAACUCUCGGGAGCAAUAGCAUUUCUGUUCUCUUUUUGGGAGGUUUCUAUUUUUUUCUUCCCUUGUGUUUUGCCAUAAAAAGAAAGAGAUCAGGUUCUUUCAUUUUUCUAGUCGAUCUUUCUUUAAUUAUUUAUAAGUAUUCUAGGGUUCUAGCAGGUUAAUUUCUAGUUCAAAAUGAAAGACAGUUAUAGUAAUCAAAUCAGUCAGUCAGUCUCGUGGGUUAUUUUUCUCUGAAAUUUUUCGACCUAGGGUUUCUGAGAUUUUGUCCUCCUUCUUGGCUCCUUGAGAUCUUACAGGGAUGUUAUUAUUGUUCUUUCUUUUUUUUACUACUAUUCUUGCCUAGAUUUCCUCAACCCUAUUCUAUUUUUGGAAACCGUAUCUGGGUCUUACAUAGUAGCUUGUAAUCUUUGAUUUUAGAUCCACUGUCUAUUAGUUUCAGUUCAGUUUUCCAUACAACCUACAACCUUUUCUUUUCUGGGGUUAUCCCGGAAAUCGGAAUUCCUCUUUUCCUAUUUAAUUCUUGGCCUGGAGGUGCCGGAAAUGGUGAGGGGGAAAACUCAGAUGAAGCGCAUAGAAAAUGCAGCAAGCAGGCAAGUAACCUUUUCAAAGCGAAGAAAUGGGCUGCUUAAGAAGGCCUUUGAGCUAUCUGUUCUAUGCGAUGCCGAAGUUGCACUGAUAGUUUUCUCUCAAAGUGAAAAGCUCUACGAGUUUUCAAGCUCCGGUGUAAGCAAGACAAUAGAGCGGUAUCAGAAAAGAACCAAGGACGAACUAGGACUCACCGGCAAAUCUCAAGAAAAUUUGCAGCAGCAUUUGAUCAAGGAAGACGACAGCGUUAGCUUGGCAAAGAAACUCGAGAUUAUUGAAGUAUCCAAACGAAGACUCGUGGGAGAAGGUUUAGAAUCAUGUUCAGUUGACGAGCUGCAAGAGUUAGAGAACCAGUUGAUGAGAAGCCUUUGUAAAAUUAGUGCAAGAAAGAAUCAAUUAUUUAGGGAGCAGGUGGAGCAGCUCAGGAAAGAGAGAUGCGGACGGGAAGAGAAUGCAAAGUUACGUCAGAAGUGUGGGAUGCAGCCAAGAGUACAUGACCCAAACCACCAGUCAAGGAAACAGCAAGACGUUCUCCACGCAAGGGGUUUGGACGUGGAAACAGAAUUGUUCAUAGGACCACCCAAAAGAUAAUUAAUUAAAAAAAAAAAAAGUGGUCACUACCCAUAUAUAUAUAUAUAUAGAGAGAUACAACAUUAAUUAAAGGCGUAUCUGUGAUUAUAAUAAACGUCGGACGAAAGGAGUUUAACCAUAUAAUUAAUAAUAAUAUUAAUUAAGUCGUGUUGCUUGUUUAGUUGUGCAAGAGUACUGUAUGCAUGCAUGUACGUAUGAAAUGACCAAAACUGUAUAUGUAUCUCUUUCGGAUCCCCACCACAAACAGGUUAUAGGGGUACUAUUUUACUAA